GUACUAAUUUCCUCCCAAUGCUAUCCUUUUAUUAACUCCAUCACCACCCUUCCCUUAUCCUUGUGUAGUUGCUCUCUCUCUCUCUCUCUCCCUCUCUCUGCAAAUGUCUCAAGUCCUCACUAAAUCUCCCAAACACUGUGCCAAGAAAGGUCUGAACAUUGAUCACAAGCACUACAAGAAGCUAAUCUACGCCUUCUCAACCUUUUUCUUGUCAAUCCUGUCACUCAUCUUCCUAGUAUGGGUUAUCCUACACCCUUCCAAGCCACACUUCUCCCUCAAAGAAGUCAAUAUCAACCAACUCAACAUCUCAGCUCCACACAACCUUGUCAACUCUUCCAUUCAACUCACUCUGCUCUCCAACAACCCUAACAAGAAAGUAGGAAUUUACUACGAGAAUCUUCAAGUUUAUGCCUCUUAUAAAGGCCAACAGAUAUCUGUUGAUACUUCUCUUCCUCCUUUUUAUCAAGAGCAUCAAGAGACCAAUUUUCUUUCGGCGGAUUUGGUUGGAAAUGGGAUGCCGGUGGGGCCUUCUCUCGGGUACGAAGUGGGGCGGGACAAGAUCGCCGGGAAACUGGUCAUGAGUUUGAAAGUGAGUGGAAGGAUUCGAUGGAAGGUGGGGACUUGGGUUUCCGGGCAAAAUCGGUUUGAUGUCAAUUGUGUUGCUACUAUGGAUUUUGGAUCCCCCGUAGAGUCAAGUUCACCGAGUACUAAGCAAGGGACUCAAUGUUCGACCAUAGUUUAAUGAAUCAGUGGGGGACACGAAUGUUAGCCGCAUUAUGAACCCCAAACCUCUCAAAUGCUGUGAAACCCAUAGUUCUGUGUCCCACGUAAUAUGUUUUAAAGAAUAUUAUGCUGUAUGCUGUAGUUGAGAGUUGUGUGCGUCCCUUUCUUUGGAGUGAUUUGAUUGAGGAUUAACAAACGUGUUUUGGCAUCUACGAGCUCUUUGCUUGAUUGUUUUGUGUGUAAGGUCGGUCAAUGUAACUUGUUUGUUAGUUCAUUUUGCUUAGCUAAGGAUGAAUGAUCGGAGCUACAAUAAUGGUGAUCGAUAAUGUAAAGAUUCCCUUGGGUUGCUAUUGUU